AUGAAUCCACCGACGGAUGAUAAUUCAACAACCGUACAAACACCAUUAUUAGAAGUUACUGAAACAGAUGCAUGUAGAGAAAAAAUUAUAGCAUUUGUUAAUCCAAAAUCUGGUGGUUUACAAGGUCAAGUUGUAUUCGAACAAUUACGAAAACAAAUAGGUGAACAAAAUGUAUAUGAUCUUGUAAAAGAUCAUGGACCACAAAAAGGUUUAAAAGAAAAUCAACAUCAAAAAAAUUUACGAAUUAUUGCAUGUGGUGGUGAUGGAACAGUUGGUUGGGUUCUAUCAGCACUUGAUAUAUCUGAAAUGCAAUAUAUGGAUUUUGUUAGUGUUGGUGUUAUUCCAUUAGGUACUGGUAAUGAUAUGGCUAGAUUUCUUGGUUGGGGUGUUGGUUAUCGUGGUGAAGAUUUAGCAGCAGCUAUACAGUCAUUAGCUCGAUCAGAGACACGUUUACUUGAUCGAUGGCACAUUGAUAUUAAACCUACUGCACAUACUGGAGUUGCUAGUUUAAAAAUUCCUCAACCUGUUUUUAAUAAUUAUCUUAGUUUUGGUGCAGAUGCACAAAUUGCACUUGAUUUUCAUGAAAAACGUAAUGCAAGUCCACGUCGUUAUGCCAAUCGAAUAUUUAAUAAAUUAGCUUAUGGUUGUAUUAGUUGUAAUACAUUUCUUGAUCGUCGAUAUUUAUUUGGAAAUAUAGCAAAUUAUUUUGAAUUACAUGUUGAUGGAAGAAAUAUGCAUGAAGAUUUAUUUCGUUUUCGUCCUGAUGCUAUACUUAUAUUAAAUAUAGCAUCAUAUGCAGCUGGUACAAAUCCAUGGCAAGGUAUUUAUGAUACUCUAUGGUGUGCUCGAUCACAAGCUGAUGAUGAUCGAUUUCGUGAACAAAGUUGUUCCGAUGGUUAUUUAGAAAUAAUUGGUUUUAAACAUUUUGAAUUAGCUAGAAUUCGAUUAGGAAGACGUGGUCAUCGAAUAGCACAAGGAAGUGAAAUAAAAUUAACUAUUCGACGAGAUUUACCAAUGGAAAUAGAUGGUGAACCAUUUUUACUUGGUCCAUGUCAGAUUACAAUAACACGUAAAAAUCAAGCCCGAAUGAUUGUAACUGAACGAAGUCAAGCUGCUCAACAAAUUGAAUCAAAACGUGUUUGA